UUCUCAAGAAUUCGUUGAUCAAAAAACCCAAAUCGAUUGCUAACAAUUUUAACUGUUGCACUCUUUCACUUCUUAUGUACAUAAAAAUGAUGCUAACUUUGUUUAUUGCAGUGGCAUUUUUCUUAAGCUCUCCCAUUGAAGCAGCUCUACAAGUUGGAUUUUAUCGCGAUAAAUGUCCCUCUGCUGAAGCUAUUAUAAAAGAAGAGGUUUCAAAGUCUUUUGAUCAAAACAAAGGAAUUGCUCCUGGCCUUAUUAGGCUGCAUUUCCAUGACUGCUUUGUCAGGGGUUGUGAUGGAUCGAUCCUCAUAGAUUCAACCCCGACAAAUCAAGCUGAGAUCGAGGGUCCACCCAAUGGAAUCACAAUACGAGGUCAUGAAGUGAUUGACAAUGCUAAGGCUAGAAUUGAAUUAAGCACAUGUAAAGGGGUUGUUUCGUGUGCUGAUAUUCUUUCAUAUGCUGCAAGGGAUUCCGUAGUAAUUACUGGAGGACUAUACUGGGAUGUACCAGCAGGAAGAAGAGAUGGCAGGAUUUCAAGAGCGUCAGAAACUCUAGACAUCCCUGCUCCAUCUUUCAACCUCGAUCAACUCACUCAAUCUUUCGCGAACAAGGGCUUAACACAGGAUGAUAUGGUUGCUCUUUCUGGAGCACAUACAAUUGGGCGCUCACACUGUACCUCAUUCACCAACAGACUCUAUAACUUCAGCUCCACGACAAUGCAGGACCCGAAACUAAGCCCAAUCUAUGCACAAUUCUUGAAGCAACAAUGCCCCAGAGAUUCUCAAGGAAAUGUCAACCAAGACUUGGUUGUUUUCAUGAACCAAACCCCAUAUGUUUUCGAAUCUAGCUACUAUCGAAAUCUUUUCCAACACACCGGUCUAUUUACCUCUGAUCAGGCGCUUCUAGACCGCCAGGAAACUACUCGAGAGGUUGCAUUAUAUGCAGUAAAUAAUUUAGCUUGGCAGAGGGACUUUGUGCAAGCUAUGAUAAAAAUGAGCCAGAUUGAAGUUCUGACUGGAAAUCAAGGAGAGAUUCGAGCUAAUUGUAGGGUCAUUAACCCAUAACAAAGAAUAGACUACUUGGUUACAUGGCAAAACUUGUCACAUUUCCUGCUGCUAUUGUAUUUAAUCCUGUAUUACUAAUAUCAAUC